AUGUCUAGCAACGACCACAACGGCAAGGGGUCGACGUCCAAUUCAGGCGCGUACUUCUCCGGCCCAAAUUCGUAUCAAGGAUCCUACUCGUCUUCUGGUGGCUACCAGUCAGGAUCCAAGUAUCCGCCAUAUGGCACUAACCGCGAAUAUGGUCAGGGUCAUCAUAAAGUCAAACAUGCCCCUAGCUAUGAACGCAUUCGACCGAAGAAGCCGUAG